UUAUUUUUGCACCGUCUUGCUAGCUACUAGAGUAGAGUAGCUGCAGUCGUAGCCAGUCAGUUAUGUGGAACCUAUUGUGCAUUCCGGUGCGGUAGGAUCAUUUGGCCCCUUCCACUAAUUUGGCUCUGCGGGUUCUGGUGUCCGGCUCAUGGAUUCUUUGGUGCCAGGAUAGGACCAAGUCGCCCGAGAACUCUCUGCUCCAAGACUUGCCAUGUUAGGAAUGGUACUAUCUGCUGUUGCUUGAUCCUGAGUUGACCAGUAGCUAGCUAACAGGUAGCUCCUACCGGUACUAUUUCAGCUAGCUACCAGUACCUAGUAGCUAGCUACAGAUGAUGCUCAAGUGUCAGAGAUCUAUUAGGGUGGUCCGGGGACCGUGUUCUUUGGUUUCUGACUUUGAAGGAUCCCGAACUCUCGCAAUCGUGUGCUGGGCAUGGGGUGCGCUGUGGUGCGUGCUGCGUGGUGCACCUCGGGAGAGAUUUAUGGCCUCAAAAUGAUUCUCUUCUCGAAAUUUCCUUCCAAAACUGAACAACCAAAAGGGAGAUGGGAAAAUCAAAUGGGGGCAUUGCAAAUUUAGAUACCCCAGCUUGCUGAAUUAUUUUCCCGGAACCCAAUCUCCAAAACUCAGUUCCCGUCCAACUCAACUCCGAGGAGUCCUGUCGAGUCAUCACUUUCUCGCCGCCACAAAAAUUGCACCAAACGUUGCGUUUGCCUCAUUUCUAUCGCUACCGUUUCAUUUGCUUUCUAUCUUUCUUGAAACAAGUUCUUGUGUGAAUGCCCUGCGCUUACAGCAUUCCCCGCGUCCCUGCCUUGGUUUUCAUUGUUCCCAACCCCUUGGCAUUCCCAUCUGUCAAGGAAUCUGUUUCCUGACGAACCUAACAGGAAUACAUCUCUUCCAUUGAAACAACACAACCAUGUCGGACACUGAAUCUAGCCACGGUAUCCCCGAGGAAGUGGCAGCUACCACCCACCUUACCACUCACCAACCCAACCAACCCCCUGACUGCAACGAUGCUUGCCCACCAUCCCCUCCAGGAGUGUUUUCGGAUGAUGAACACUCGGGUGAACUAAGCAUCGACCGUGAUUAUACCGGUGUCUUUGAAGGCCCCGAGAAAACUUUGGAAGUCUGCUUUCGUAAGGUUGGUCAAGAAGAGAACAUUAGUACAGUAGGAGAGGUUUCUCUUGAUCAAGUCGCUGCGGAAGCUGGAGACACUGGAACCAGGAAAAUGGGACUUCGACAGCUCGGUCGAACAGAUUUGGAUCGCAUCUGUGCCCGUGCUCGCUGCACAAUCUUGUCGUCCGUUUCGAACCAGUACUUGGAUGCCUACGUCUUAUCGGAGUCUUCCCUCUUCAUCUACCCCUACUUGUUGGUGCUCAAGACUUGCGGAACUACUACCUUGCUCCGUUGCAUUGGUACCCUCAUUGAGCUAGGACGCAAGCUUGGUUUGGAGAUUGAUUGGGUUGGGUACAGUCGAAAGAACUUCAACUUCCCAGGAGAUCAGGCUUUUCCUCAUCAAUCCUUCCACCAAGAAUUGGACUACCUUUACAGCCACAAGAGCCUCUGCGAACGCCUAGAUGGCGACGGAUACACGUUGGGACCUGUCACAGAUGAUCAUUGGUUUGUCUUUGUAGCCGAUCAGACAAUUCGCGCAGGAGGCGAGAUGGACACUGACCGUGUCUUGAACAUUAUGAUGUUUGACAUUGAUGUGAAUGUCGCGAAGCUCUUCUACUAUGAUGCUUACGAUGCCAAAUCUGGAGAGAGCAAGGACGAUGAGACUAAACGCAUUAGCAAGGAGCAAACCAGUGCCAGUGGUAUUGACAAGCUGUGCCCUGGUUCGCUCAUUGAUGCUCGCGCCUUUGAACCCUGUGGAUAUUCCAUGAACGCCAUCUUGUUCCGUUCGUACUCUACCAUGCACAUCACCCCUGAAUCAGGAUCUUCUUACGCUUCCUUUGAGACCAAUCAGAAGUUGACUUCUUACAAGUCCUUGAUCAGCAACGUGGUACGCACUUUCCGCCCCAAGAGGUUUGUAAUGACACUGAUGGCGGAUGAAGGAGGUAUGAAGCAGAUGAAAGAAAACCCCAUGGAUGACGCCAAGAUUGCUGUUCCCAAGGGAGUUGCUGCCAACGGCGCCAAGACGGACGCCGUCUUUUACAAGCGUAGCAGCCUAGCGUCCAUCCAAGUGGAGGAUGAUUGCUGCUGUUUGAUGGCGAACUGGGUGAUGGAUCAUCGUAGGGCCGCCAAAAACGCAGGAGCAGCGCCCCAACACAACCGCCUCCCUUCGGAGACCCAAAUUAUUACAACUCGCGGCAGGGGCAUGUCUGUAUCUUAGAGCUUGGUGUACUGCACUCAUGGUUGUGGAUGGUUGGAGGACCCUCAGAGUGGUUUUAAACUAGUAGUCAACUGCACUUUAUUUCUUUUGCUUUUCUGGAUC